AUGGAAAGACGCGUCGCAAACGCCUUCCCUGCUCCACCACCACCAACACAAGUUCCGUACUAUCACAAUCAACAUCAGAUUCAUCCACAGCACCACCAUGUCUCCGCCGUUGGAUUCUACCAAUACCCGCAAAACGACAACAGAGAUCAGCGUUUCAAUCAGCCGCAUUCUGAUAACAAUAUGAUCGUUGACGUUCCGCCGCUUCCACUGAGUAGUGGGUUUAGUCCCUGCGGCAGCGUAAGGAAGAGACGCUCUCUAUCCUCCACCCCAGACCAAAAAGGUGUAAAAUUUUACUUUCUUUUUAAUGAAGAUGCUGAUGGUUGUAUUGCCAAGUUAUAUGUUGCGCCGGUUCCAAAAACAGCAAGGGAAGACGAUGUCCGUCAGGUGUUUGAGAAGCAUGGUCAUGUCACCGAGAUCAUCCUACCCAAGGAUAAGAUAAGCGGUGAACGAGCAGGUGACUUUUUGAGGAUGUUAUUUUUAAUGUCUUUCUUCUUGAGAUUAGCAAUUUGGAUUGGUCAUAUCAUCCUCUUUGCAGCUUACUGUUUUGUUAAGUACAAAAAGUUAGAAGAGGGUAAUGCCGCUAUUGCUGCUUUGACAGAUCAGUUUACCUUCCCUGGGGAAAUGUUUCCAGUCAAGGUCAGAUAUGCCGACGCAGAACGUGAACGGGUUGGUGUUUCAACAGUGCAGCUACCAGAUAAACUAUAUGUUAGAUGCCUCAACAAACAAACAACAAAAACGGACAUCCAUGAGGUGUUUUGUAGGUUCGGAGUCAUUGAAGAUAUUUAUAUGGCAGUCGAUGACAUGAAGGUUAGCCGGUUUGCAUUUGUUCAGUUUUCUAGUAGGGAGAUGGCACUAGCAGCAAUCAAAAGGUUAAAUGGAGUAUUUACUAUGCGGGGUUCUGAUCAGCCUCUGAUUGUUAGAUUUGCAGACCCUAAAAAACCUCGUCUAGGGGAACCAAGCUAUAACUUUAACGCCUCACCUGCAAUGCAAAAUUGGCACCCACAACCAUAUCCACAGUGGGGAAACAAAGAACCUGCAGCCCCUAGAGUCGUUGAUUUCGCUUCACAGCCUAAUCACUUCCCGCAGCAAAAUGCUCAAGCAGUACCGCUGCAUGAGAAGCAUUACAAAUCUGAGACUAUAGGCGAUGGUCAGAAGAAUUCUAGUCAUUCAAAUGCCAUCCAUGAAGACCAGAAUACAGUGAACCCUGAGUGUGACUGGAGUGAACACACUUGCCCUGAUGGGGACAAGUAUUAUUUCCAUUGUGUCACUUGUGAAAGCACGUGGGAGAAACCAGAGGAGUACUCCACGUUUGAGAGAUGGUUCGACGAGCAAAUAAGGCUACAAGAUCAAAAAAUUGCAUAUCCUCCGUUAAACAAUCAGAGCCAAGAUGCAAUGGAAAGCACCCAGCAAGUUCAGUCUCCUCCAUUGCAACAGACUAGUAAAUUCCAACAACAAUCCUUAUCCACAGCGGAUGAGGAGAACAUUUCAGUAUAUAUGGAGAACUCACUAGACAAGUAUUUUGGAAAGGAAAUUGAAAAAGCUAAGAAAAGAGUAGAGCUUAGGUAA